AUGACCGAGAUUCCUACAUCUCCUUGGAAGGUCAAGAUUUAUGAGAAUGUGGACAAUGUCUGGACGGACCGGGGAACUGGCUUUUGCAUUGGCCAAAUAGUGCAAAGUCAGGUCUCUGACACGGGCGACGACGACAAUGGCCGCAGCAGAACGUUGUCUCCAUCAGGCAUAACCGCAUCGUCCGAAACAGCGUCAUCUGGCUCCUUGUCACUAUCAACACUCGAAGCCAACGAAAUUCCUGUAUCUCAUGAAGCAUUUUUGACUGUGUAUGCAGAAAACUCCCAUGAUGAACUCAUUCUGAAAACACGAGUUUUCGGAGAUAUUCACUAUCACAAGCAACAAGAUUCGCUAAUAGUGUGGUCCGAGCCAAAUGAUAGCGAAAUGUGUCUUAGUUUUCAAGAAGCAAAAGGAUGUUCUACUCUGUGUGAUUUUCUAAUUUUCGUACAAAAUAAUUUCGAACACGACAUCUCAGUGCUUGCCAUCAAAAGCAUAGAUAAUGGAUCAGACGAAACAGUGACCGAGCUCCUUGCGGGGCCACUGACAUUCCCACCAGAUCCUGCUAUUUCUAAUCUGGGCGAUGUCAUUGAUGCACUUAAUAACUCGGCUUCCACUCAAUACAACAGAGACGCCAUCGUUAAAUAUAUCCACGACAGUGACUUUAUAUCCAAGCUGGUUCGUAUUUUUUCAGUUGCUGAGGACCUACAUAGCCUCCCUGACCUCCACAAUCUAUGUCGAAUAAUGAAAAUGUUCUGUAAGUGCAGUCCCCAGUUCCAGCGCUCAGUUAUCAAAAUACUAACUAGUUCGCAGUCCUAA